AUGGGCAUGGACAGCUCACCUGGCGGCCAAACAGAGAGGCCGGUCUCCUCUCGUUUCACUGUUGGUCGCCCUUACACUCUUCACGUGGACAUCCUCAAUUCCCCAAUGGUCUCGGCGCAGGCGGAUAACAAGCUCGGCAGCGAAAUCAUGUUCCUAGGCCGCUACUCCCACGGCCAGAUAGCUGCCCGAUCUCCCCUUGGAAGCGCGAUUUGCAUCCUCAAAGGCUGGCAGCCGCCCUUCUGGCACCAUCAAGCGGGCGAGACUACUCAAUGGGAGGUUAUUGCGGCGGGCGCCGAUGUGGAUGACUACUUUGGGCAAGACGACGAGUAUGUUGGCGCGGGAGACAUGGAAGCUGCCACUUGA